AGUUUUCUGUACAUUUAUAAUGUAAUUGAGAAUACGAAUGAAAAUCAUACGUUCACCAUUUUGUGAAUUUGGAAUUGAUCAACUACUGCGUAGAUAAGUUGUUCAUUUUUGGAUUACAAUAGCAAUAGAUGGUGCCUACGUCGAGAAUCGCCAUCUUGUACACCACAUGACCUCGUUGCCGCGUCCCGUGACCAGCUCACGUGAAUUUUGGCAAAUUCAAACAUUUUUGGUGGAUAAUAUGGACAUUUUGGAUCAACACCUUCAACAGCAGGAUGUCAGCACGGUUGCAACAAAGGAUGAAUCUGGAACAGGAAUUGUUAUCGAAGAAGCAGAGAUUGUUGAUUGUGAAGCAGAAGCAGUUGGCGAUAAUGGAAUGCGAUAUCAAGAAGCGCUAGCGUAUAGAGUGGUUCAAGUCAAUGGUAAUUCAAGCAAUAAUGAAAUAGAACUACCUGUAGGACAACCGGGAAGCAAUACCGUACAAGUUUUAACAUCUCCUUUAAAUGGACAGUUUUAUGUCAUUGGCAAUGCUAAUGACGUUUUCACUACGGCUCAAACAUCUAGGUCUUUAGUUCCUAGGACUACUACUCUUCAAAUAGAAACACCACGCAAUUGUACUACCGGCUUAAAAAAGAGAGAUGAUAGAAGAAGAGCAACACAUAAUGAAGUUGAACGUCGACGUAGAGAUAAAAUCAAUAAUUGGAUAGCAAGAUUAGGAAAAAUAAUACCCGAAUGUAAUGCGACCAGCAAUACUACUGGAAGUGGUAAUAGCGGAGAAGGAAAGGCAAACUAUGAAACCCAGAGCAAAGGAGGGAUUUUAGCAAAGGCUUGCGAGUACAUAGGCGAAUUACGUGCAGCUAAUCAAGGAUUGGGUCAAUGUUUACGAGAUAAUGAGAAAUUAAGACAAGAAAUAACUGCUUUAAAACAAAUUAUUUCGCAAUUGAAGCGUGAGAAUCUUCAGCUUCAAACACAGUUAUCUUCAUCAUCAGGAACGAGUGCUGAUGUUCAUUUAAGUUCGUAAUUUUGAAUAAGAGUCUCACAUGUAAAUAUUAGCUGUCUUAUAUGAAUUAGAUAUAUAUAUAUUUAGUUUUUCUUUUUUUUGGUUUCUUUCCUUUUUUUAUUGUUUGCUGUUUCCUAAACUUUAAAUCAACUUGUAGUAAAUUCUAUAAUUUCGGAGUUAUAUCAAUAUCUGAUUAACUAUAAAGAAUUAGUAUGACCUAGUAAAUAAUUAUGAUAUAUAUAUAUCGUAUAUAUGUAUAUUAUGAUAUAUGAUACAUAUAUAACGUAAUUACGUUAUUACGUAAAUUACUUUAAUAAACAAAUAUCAUACACACACACACAUUUGAUAUGCUGUGGUUUUAAGUAUACUUUGUUAAUAUUGUUAUUUAAACACUGCAACUAUAUAAGUUGUGCUAUAAUAAUUGUUAUUUUUCAACUAUCAUUUAAUUAGGAUUUUAAGAGUAAUAAGAAUGACCGAAAAUUGUGAAUGUGUGAACGUGUGUGCGGAUGAGUGUGGUUACUCACGCUAUGAAAAUACGAUGCAAUAUUUUAAUAUAUAAAAAAAUGUCUUCUCAAAUCCAAAGACAAGAUUAAA